GGUCGGCUGGAAGGAGACGAACGCUGCGGCCAUCAGUUUAUUAUAAUUAUUGUUAUAUUCCACCUCUGCAGCCCGCUGUGGUGUCAGUCAAGUGUCCGAACUGUGCUUCUCCUCUCAGUGUGAGAAUCACCGGGCGGGGACAUGGCUGAGCCCGCAGAGAAGAGGUUAAAGAGCAGCCUGCCGACGUGCAGAGCGCACCGGAGCUCCGCGGGCAGCCGGGCCGGACACAACCUGCAGGCCGCCGUGGAGGAGGCUCUGUGCGGGGUGAGCAGCCUGCUGUGGGACGGAGCGUACCGGCUGCAGGCUCUGGCCAAAGUGUUUGAGCGGGACGACGUCGCGCUGCCCCGUGUCGCUUCUUUCUUCCACCAGGAGGCGCUGAAGCAUGAGGAGGAGGCCGAGGCCAUGCUGGGCUACCUGGCUGAGAGAGGCGGCAACUACUGCGGCAAAGACAUCCAGAAGCCGAGCUGCGAGGCCGUCUGCGCGGUGCUGCCGGCUCUGGACCUGCUGCUGCUGCAGCUGCAGGAGGAGGUCGGCGUCCUGGUGGAGCUGAGCCAGCUCGCCCGCAGCCACGGGGACCCGCACACCGCCAGCGUCGUGAAGAGCCACUUUCUGACGCCGCGGGUCGACCGCCUCAAAGUGCUGGGAGACCUGCUCACCUGCGCCCGCCGGGUGGGCUGCACCAACGGGCCCACGGGGGGGCUCGGGGAGUUCCUCCUGAACGAGCUGCAGGAGGAACUCACCAGAUGAUCCGUCCGUCAAACAAAGUCUCCAUUUAGAAGUUCUUCUUCUGUGUUUGAAAACGUAAUUUCUCCAAAGACAAUUAGCUUGUUAGCCAUUAGGUUGUUAGCCAUUAGCUUGUUAGCCAUCUUCCCCAGAGUGCAGACAGAUAUUAGUGUCAUCUCAUUGCCCCCAGUAAAGUGUAGCCUAGCUUAGCACAACGACUGGAAGCAGGGGAACCUCAUGUCAUGUAUGUUUGUCGUGUGUUUGUGCUUCGUCAUCACUUUUACUGUUAGUUUUGUUGGAGAAACACUUUGAUAAAUAAGAAAACUAGAAAAACAUCGUCCAGGCUGUGUUUAGCGUAGCUUAGCACAAACUGCUAGCUUGGAUCUUUUAAAAGAAAAACAAACUCCAGAGUUGUCUGGUCUACAUGUUGCAUCUUUAUAACACAGAACACACAUUUGAUAAUCUGAAUUUAAUUUAAUUUAUACACCCGUUCAAUAAACUGGACCGGCAUCAAGUGCCAAUCGCCAACGCCGUGCCCGCUUCUGUGCGGUCCAAACAGGAAAAUGUAAGACAUUCAAUUAUGCUGCGAAAACUAAGUGCGAAAAUUCUGAUUUUUUUAAAAAGAUUUCGAAAGUUCGCAAAUGAAUUAAAGCAAAAUGCAACAAAGUGCAACGUAAACAGAUUUAGUGACUUCAACAGAAAUGAACAUGAACCAGUUUCUCAGAUUGUUUUCUAUUGUUAGAACUUGCUGUUUAUCUCCAACUCCUGACUAUCGUAUUGCAGAUUUGCUCCAACAUGGCGGCUGGAGUGGGAGGCCGCUGCAGAACAGUCGUACGGCAUCAGACCGUCGACUCUAAAGAACCUCUAAGUUAACUAUGAACACAAGAUGUGUCGGAGACUGAAGGUGCAAGAAAUAAAUGCUUAAAAACUAAAUUGUAGCGCCCCGGCAGCGGCAGCUCACCCGGCAGCUCACCCGGCAGCUCACCCGGCAGCGGCAGCUCACCCGGCAGCUCACCCGGCAGCUCACCCGGCAGCUCACCCGGCAGCUCACCCGGCAGCUCACCCGGCAGCUCACAGGCGGCCCAUGUACAAAGGCUGAGUCCUGCCACAGCGGCCCGUGGUUCGAGUCUGACCCGUGGACAUUUGCUGUAUGUCGUCCCCCUUCUCUCUCUCCCAUAUUUUGAAGAUUUAUUUGAGGAAUUUAAACUUGUUUCAGUUAUUUCAUGAACAAUAAUAAUAUUUUAAUGUUCAGUAAGCAGCUGUAUAGAACUCUAGACAUUUAUUUUUUUAGUCGACUAAAUAAUUUGCAAAAUUGUAAACUGACACUUUCUAAGUAUUUCUAAGUAUUUCUAAGUAUUUAUACACAGUAUUUGUUUUCCUACGGUUGUACUGCGUCUUCUGUGCACAUAGAAAUGUCACUUUAGUUCCUAUCAUUUAUUCACCAUGUAUUCAGUGUUUUUAUCAUUUAUUCACCAUGUAUUCAGUGUUUUUAUCAUUUAUUCACCAUGUAUUCAGUGUUUUUAUCAUUUAUUCACUAUGUAUU